AUGGAAAGUUUCUUCCUAUCGGAAACAUGUAAAUAUUUGUAUAUGAUAUUCGACGAAACCAAUAUGUUUGUGAAUGAAACGAUUGUAUUUAAUACUGAGGGUCACAUAUUCCCGCUGGAGAGUCGAUUCUUUGAGAAGGAUUACACCGAAGACGAUACGAAACCACCACAGUUGGCAAGCGAACAAUAUUCAUCGGCGAGCAACAAACCACAGCAGCAACCGUUAUCGAUGUUGGAACAUCACAAGGAGAUUGACGCCAUCGAAUUCAACUGGCAAUGUAAACCACAGUCCUACCUCCGAAAGAUAUCGGCUGGUGCAAUUCAGAUUUACGGUGCUAAAAACCUUGAAACUCCAUGGUACGAAGAUCGGAAACUAUUCGAUUCAAUGUCAAAGUUUACUACUCCCUCUAUAGAUGAAUUGUCAGUGCUAACAAAAGAUCAACUGUUUAAGAUCUGUGUAGAUAAUAAUAUAACUGUGAAAAAAAGUAGCAACAAAACAUCAAUAGUAAAUCAUAUUAUCAAUGUCAAAGAAGAAAGAGAUCGUUUACAAAAGAAAUUGGUGGAUGACAAUCCUUCAAAUCAAUUUCAUCGAGGUCAUGUUGAAUAUAAACUACCAGUGUUGAUCAUCACAAAGAUACUUGAAUUAACUUGGCGGAUAUCAACCAAUAAUAACCACACUCCUUUAUUACCAUACCGAGAAGCAUUACAACUGACAUUAAUCAAUAAACAAUUCUAUGGUAUCAUAAGUCAGAUGUUCAACAAUGUAAAAAUUUGUUUAGUAUCUUCACGAAUAGAGGAAGCUCAGGAUAGACUUAGCAGUGUAUGGUGUCCGAUCAAACAUAUUGUUAAACUUGUUGUCGAAAUUCCCAUUUUUGAAAGGUUAAUGAAACAACCAUCUGCUCAUCUCACUCAUAAUUUGUCAGCUGUCGAAAAGGUAGAAAUUUAUCGUGAAACUGAUAGUAAACUAUUGUCAGCGACCAGCAUCAAAACCUUUGGAACCAUCGCCACCAAUCUAAUAUCACUCUCCUUCAUUAGAGUGACAAUGGUACAUUCACACGUGAAUGCAAUCUGUUCGAUUAAAUCACUUAGAAAGAUAGCAAUUUGGUACUCUAAAACUCCAUACGCUGCUCUCAUAGAGUUAUGUAAAGGUUUACCAUUACUCGAAUCAAUCAAAAAGUCAAAUCUUAAUGUCACUCAUAUUCCAAAGUUGUGUCGCUCAAGAAUGAAACUGCUUUCAGAGGUUUGCUUGGAAGAUACCGUUGAAAACUUUGAAUUUCCAAAUCUUCAAAAGUUAACUCUCGGAAGAAUAUUCAGAGAUUCCACUCUUAACUACUAUAAAUUAUUCUCACAAACCAAUAUCACACAUCUAUCGGUUUAUUUCAAAUCUAAUUUGAUAUCAAUCAUCAUACUAUUUCCAUGUAUCGUCACUCUCGAGGAUUUACAUUAUCAUUGUCAAUCUGACGGUCCGGUAAUGAGCAACCAACUUAAAUCAAUCAUACUACCAGCAACACUAUCUCGAAUCAUCAUUCGCACCAAAACCAAAGAAAUUUUUGAACCAAACAACUAUUUGAUUGAUAUGGGAUUUCAAUAUUCUAAAGAUAGUUCAUCUCGUAAACAUAGAAGAAUGAUUUUUAAUAAAAUAAUCAAUUAA